GCUUAAAAACAUUAUAGUUAUGAUUAUGAUAAAAUUACUAUAAUAUUAUAACUACGGUAUGUGACGAUUAUACACGAAACACUAAUGUCGAUAAACGUUCAAUAAACGUAAUAAAGUGUACGGUACACAUUUAUCUGUUGAACUUGCAAGCUCAUCAUAGACAGAUAUGUCACGCUCAGGUUCAUCCCUGAGUGGUGGUGGUGGUGGUGGUGGUGGUGGUCUUUCGGCUGGUCAUCACAAACUGGCAGAAAAGCUAAGUUUAAUCAAUGACCGGGGCGUUGGCAUGCUCACUAGAAUCUAUAACAUCAAAAAGGUAUAUUAUUUUUCAAAUAUAAUAUAGUAGGUUGUAAAAUAUCAUAAUUUAUCUGUUAUUUUAUUCAUAUAAUAACCAUUAACAUGACACUUAUUACCUUACGGUUCAUAUUGGUUAUUAAGUUACCUUUUCGAAAAUUUUAAAUUCAAUUGGUUAUUACCUGUAUUUAUUAUAAGUUGCAUACUUUUAACUAAAUUAAUAAUUUUUUAUCUGUCUAAGACAAUUAUUAGUCCCCAUGAAAUAAACCACGUUUACGGAUAAUUGGCGCUUGUCAUAAUUUAUUAAUUGGUCCCCAACUUUAUAUUUAUAGUUUAUCAAUUUAAGUAAUCACUGAGUAACACUAACAAGAUAAUCAGAUAAUAUCUUAAUAAUUGAAACAUUUUUAAAAUGUUUUUGAAACAUAAAAAAAUGCAAUAUAAUAAUGUAAUAUACUUUAAAUUAUAAUUCAUCUUUUGAAAAAUUCAUUUUAAAACUAUUACAAACAAAUAAUACAUUUUUCAUGUUUGAGAAAAUAAAACUUCCCCUUUUCUCCUUAUAUUUACCAAUUAAAAGUUUUACAUUUUUAAUACAAUUUUAACUUUGAAUACUUAGAUUAUUAUUGUUUAAUGAUUAUAGUUCAUCAGUAUGAAAUUAAAAAAAGAAAUAUGAUGUUAACUAAAAUACUCUAUAAACAUAUUUUAAAAAAACCGGGCAACUUUGUAUGUGGGUGGACUACUGUUGUAGGUGAGAAGUUAGGAAGGCAGUAGAGAAGAAAUUUAAUAUAUAUCCAUAAGCAACAAUAAAUCAUUUCUUUCCAAAAAAAAAAACCCUGAGCGGAGUUCAGUUGAUAGUGUUGCUUUAGCGACAUAUAUAUGUCAUAUUAUGGUAAAAUAAUUACAUAGGCGUUCUAUAUAUUUUUUUAGUAAUAUUUGUUUAAUAUUGUACCUAUUUUCCCAGUUUUUUGUUUUUUUCUGGUUUUUUCAUUUAUUGAGAAAACUCCUCGAAAAAUCCAAAAAGAACCUCCUUAAAGUCCGAUUUCCUUUUAUAAAAAGUGCUAUUAUUGAAAAUAGGAGCAGGAUUUCCGGUAGUAAAAAUGUCCACAGGAAAAAUAAAUAAACAUCUUUAUAAAACCAUAACCUUCUUCACUCCACUCAGAAUCUAAAGUGAUACAUUUUUAAAUCUGGACAAAUGACAGUCCUAAUUAAUUUUUACUGACCAUAAUUUUGUGUUUUAUCUUUAACUAUGAAAAAGGUGAUAUAAAUAUUAAAUUUAUAUUAACAAAGCAUCAAUCAUAAGGGGGAAAAAGUGGCCCAGGCCAAUUGUCUACGUAAAAAAAUUAAUUACAUGCCUACUAAUUCUUAGUAAAAUUUAUUAGUCUUUUUUUGUACUGUGGUAUGUUUAUUUAUCUUAGAAAAUCAUGGUUUGCAAUUUCUUUUUAUAAAAUGGUUCAUUUACACAAAAGAGUUCCCGGCCCCCGGUAUACAAUGUUUUUUCAUGGGACCAAUAAUAUCCAUUUGUAAUUUAAUUUAGUCAUUCUUUUGGUUCUGUCAUUGACAGACAUUAAAGUUUUACUUAAUAUUUUAUUUAAGUAGUAAACUUCAAUGUUAUUAUUUUCAUUGUAGGCAUGCGGAGAUGCUAAAUCCAAGCCUGCAUUUCUAUCAGACAAGACACUGGAAUCUGCAAUAAAAUAUAUUGUGAGGCGGUUCCCAAAUGUGGAUAUCAAAGGAGUAAAUUUUUUUUUAUUGUAUUAAAUUAAAAAUUGUUUAUACAUAUAUUUUGUAUACUGAUCGGUUCUUUCUAUGUAUAUCAACAGCUACAAGCAAUUACACCUAUACGCAGUGAUAUCAUCAAAUCCUUGUCAUUGUAUUAUUAUACAUUUGUCGAUCUUUUAGAUUUCAAGGAUCAGGUAUGCGAAUUGCUAACUACCAUGGAUGCCUGUCAGAUUCACCUCGAUAUUGUGAGUUAUUAACUUUAUUAAAUAUGUAUUGUUACUUAUGUAGUUGGGUUACUAUUUAUUACUUGUAUAUUAUUAUUGUUAUAUCUAGACAGUCAACUAUGAGCUGACAAGAGCCUAUCUAGAUCUGGUUGCAACUUAUGUUGCUCUCAUGGUUUUAUUAUCACGAGUAGAAGAUCGCAAAGCUGUUUUAGGCUUGUUUAAUGCUGCUCAUGAGAUGGUACACAAUCAAAGGUAUUACUUUAUUACUAUCAUUAAAUAAUAUUAACUGAGUUAAUUACGCAUUAUAUAUAUAAAAAAAAAACAUUAUUAUGUUAUUUCAUAAUUACAAUAUGUUUAUUUUAAAUAUUUACUAACUUAUUAUCAUGUAAAAUUGUACUAACAAAAAUAAUGUUCCACAGUGAUCUUAGCUUUCCUCGUCUUGGCCAAAUGAUUGUUGAUUAUGAACAACCACUACGCCGGCUAGCUGAUGAAUUUGUACCACAUACUAAACUUUUAAAUGGGGCCUUAUGCUCUCUUUGGCCUGUGUAUGUGCAACGCAAUUUAACAGCUGAUAAAUGGAGGUAAAAGUUAUUAAUUGUUAUUUAAUUUUAUUAAAUUAUUUAAUCAGUUUAUUUGUCAUAGUGCUAUUAUUAUUAUUAUGUAUUUCACACAAAAUAUUAAAAACAAUACAUUGUAGGUUAAAUAAUUGGGUAAUGUUAAGUGAUUCAUGAUUUUAGUUAUAGGAGAAAAAACUGUUACUGUUAUUAAAAACAAAUAAUUUACUUCAAUGAAACACUUGAACAUUAAUUAAAUUUGUAUGGUUUAAAUAUCCUCUUAAAUUUACUAUUACAUUAGUAAAAAUUAAAAUUCUUUCACAAUUUUAGUUAAAUUUAAAAUCAUUUAAAAAUAAUUGAUUAUAUUUGUAUAAGUAUAAUUAGUUAGUAAUAUAAUUUAAUCUUCAAAGAUAACAAAAAAUUAAAUUACAUCAAUUAAAUAAUUAACCAAUAAUAAAUUUUAACUAUACCUUGUCUAAAACUAAUACUCAUUUUAAAUUCAAUUACUCUUGUUAGGUCUGACCAGAAACUCAGCUUAGUAGGAAAUCCUGCACAGUUAUUGAAACCUUCUACUACUGAUACUGUAUCUUGUGAAUAUCUUUCUCUAGAAACAAUGGAGCGGUGGAUUAUUUGUAAGUAAUAUUAAUAGUAAUUGAAAGUUAAUUUUUCUUAUUAAUGUGCUAAAUAUGUUAUACACUUAUGUUUAAUUUUCUUUCAUCUGAUAGUUGGUUUUCUAUUAUGCCAUCAAUCUCUUCAGCAACCAUCUCAAAAUCAACAUACCCAAGAUGGCAAUGUGGCUCAUAAACUAUGGAUGGCUGCACUGGAGUCAAAUUGGUCAGUCGCUUUGUUUAGAGAUGAAACUGUGGCCAUUCAUUCAUUUAUUCAAACUUUCUUUGACACAUUGAAAGGAUAUAGCAAAAGAGUAUCAGAGGUGAAAGAAACAUAUACACAUGCUACCCAAAAAGCGUAAGUAUACAUAUUAGUUACUAUAUUUUAGAUUCGGAUCUAUCUGUGACGUGUGUUUUCUUUUUGACCCAAAGAACUAUAGAGGAAUUUCUCUGUUAAACACUUCGUACAAAAUAUUAUCUAACCUCUUAUUAAACAGAUUGAAACCAUUUAUUAAAGAAAUUAUUGGAAAAUACUAGGCAGGUUUCAUGGUAGGUAAAUCGACUAUAGAUCAGAUUCAUAUAAUAAAACAGAUUGCAGAAAAAAGCCAUGAAUUUAAUAAAGAUGUAUAUAUGCUUUUUGUGGACUUUAAAGCAACAUAGGACUCGGUAGAUAGAAAGAAACUGUGAAACGUAAUGUCCCGUUUGGGGAUACCAGAAAAACUUACUAGAAUAAUCAAAGUGUGCCUACAAGGCUCUAAAUGCAAGGUGAGUUUUGGAGGAACCUACUCAAAUGAAUUCCCAGUGUCGACAGGUCUCAGACAAGGAGACGCAUUGUCACCGGCUUUGUUUAACAUUGCCUUAGAGUCAAUGGUGAGACAAGUUCUUAGUAAGGCAGAAGGAUUAAAACUUAGUGAUGACCAACAGCUCACAAUUGUAGCAUAUGCUGAUGAUCUAGUGAUUAUAACAGAAAAUGAGGAGAGUCUGAAACAAUCCACAAAAGAGCUAAUAAGGGCAGGGAAAGAAAUAGGUCUUAACAUAAAUGGAGAUAAAACAAAAUACCUAAUACUAUCCAGACAACAUCAAACGGCAAGACAAUUAGAAAUAGAAGAUUUCUUAUUUGAAAGAGUAAAACAUUUCAAAUACCUAGGAACUUGGGUGAAUGNUGGAUUAUCCACACUAUUCAAAUCAAAAUUACUCUCAAGAAGAUCAAAGACAACAUUGUAUAAAGUUUUAAUUAGACCUAUAGCAUUAUACGCGUGUGAGAUGGGGGCAACCACAAAAAUGGAUGAGAAGAAUUUGGGUGUUUUGGAAAGAAAAAUACUUCGGAAAAUUUUUGGACCAAAAAAGAAUGAAGGAGGUGAAUUUGAAAUUAGGACAAAUGAGGAGAGAAUUAUUUGGAGAAGCCGAUAUUAUAGGAAUUAUGAAGAGUAGCAGAAUAAGAUGGGCUGGUCAUGUUUGGAGAUCGGAAGGAGUACUGGGGAGCAUAACAAAAUGGAAACCAAACACAAAAAGGCCUCGAGGAAGACCCAGACAACGGUGGGCUGAUAGAGUCAAGGAUGACCUCAGGAUGAUUGGUAUGGAAAAUGCAGAGGAAAUGUCAAGAGACAGGGAAAAGUGGAAGGAUGUUGUUGUUGCGGCAAUGGACCUUAAUGGUCUUUAAGACACCUUAGAAGAAGAAGAAGACAUACAUAUUAGUUACUAUAUUUUAGAUUCGGAUCUAUCUGUGAUGUGUGUUUUCUUUUUGUAUUAAUAUUUUUUUUGUUGUUAUUGUCUGUGAGGAACUAGAAAUCUUGCUCAGAUAUAUCAAAUUUAGUAUCAUUUCUAAAAAGAAAAUUUAUCUAGUUGGUGUGUUGAGGAGGUCAUUUUUUGAUUUUCCAAAUGGUUUUUAUAAUAAUUGGGAAAAAGCAAGAAAAUGUAUAAAAAUAAUGCUUUUAUUAUUUUCAAUUUUGUUUUUUUGUUUUUAUUUUUAAUUCAGUUAAAAAUAUUUGCAGUUUAUAUGUAGUCAGUAAUCUUAUAUUUGCUCUUUCUAGAUAUAGUAACAUUUUCAAAACAUUUAAAUCAUUUGGGAGCUAUUUAUAGACAUUUUAAUGAUAAGUCCGGUUUCCGAUUAAUGAGACCUAACUGUACUACCUAUUGUUUAUAAGAACAACUAUGGAUUUUAAUUUAUUACUGUAUAUGGUUUUUUAAUUAUUAUUUUAUUAUAUUUUUUCAGUGUGUAUCGUCAUCGUGAGCGGCGUAAGUACUUGCGCACUGCUCUAAAAGAAUUAGCAUUAAUUUUAACGGAUCAACCUGGAUUACUUGGACCAAAAGUCUUACUAGUAUUCAUUGGUCUAAGUUUGGCUCGAGAUGAAGUAUGCUGGCUUUUACGACAUGGUGCCCCAAAUUCUGGAGGUGGUAACAGUCAAAAAGGAUCUGGAACCAGUUCAGGAAAUACUGGUAAAUCUAGCUCUAGUGGAAAAUCAUCAUCUGCCGUUGAAGAUUUGUUGGUAGACAGACAACUUCCAGAACUACUAUUUCACAUGGAAGAGCUUCGAAGUGAGUUACAACUGCAAUAAUUUCCAUAGUUUAUUUCACUGAGAAAAUUAAUAUUGAAUAAUUCCUUUAAUACUAUUUCAUUAUUUUUUUUUUUUUUAGUGCUGGUUCGUAAGUAUAGUCAAGUUGUUCAACGUUACUAUGUCCAGUAUUUAGUAGGAUUUGAUGUUGUACAACUAUCUCAAUCAAUUCAGUCUGUAUAUGGAAAUCAACAAGAUCAUUAUCAUCAGGAUCCUUCUUAUGUGAUAUUUCAGUCUAUUAUUAACACAAUUUCAUCACUGUCGGUCAAGCAAGGUACUUUUUUUUUAAACAAUAAAUAUGCAUUAUUUUUUAUAUGCAAUUGUGGCUAUUCGGGUAUAUAGUAUAGAUGUAUUAACAUUGCAUCAUAAAUUCCAGUGGAAGACAAUGAGUUGUUUGAUCUGCGUGCUUUACGCCUUGACUGGUUUCGUGUUCAAGCAUAUUGUUCUUCAGCUGGAUCCAGUACUGGAUAUAACAGUAAUAGCUCAAAACUGAACCUUUUUGAACAUAGGCAACUGGCUUCUCAGCUAGAUACUGCGGCCCACCAUACUCGCAUGGUUGACUACCUAGAUGAAAUGCUUGUUGACACAUCUGAUUUGUCACUGUUUUGGUAGUGUAUUUAUUUUUCCCCUGCAAUAUAUUGAUUCAAUUAUGUUCAUUUAGGUGGACAUGUUGAUGAAGGGGUCUUCCACACUUAAUUAUUCUUAAUUGUAUUUAUUCUGACAGUUUCUACAAUAAAACAUUUGAAGAUCAGUUUCACAUGUGUCUUGAGUUUCCCGCCCAGAACCGGUACAUCAUAGCUUUUCCUCUUGUAUGUGGCCAUUUUCAAUCUUGCGCUCAUGAACUGUGCCCUGAAGAGGUAAUAAUUUCAUGUACCUUUUCAUUUACAUUUUCGUGGUAACAAUAUUUUCAAUGUUUUAUUCUCAAAUACUCAUAUUUAGCGCCAUCACAUACGCGAGCGCAGCCUAUCAGUUGUCAAUAUGUUUCUAGACGAUAUGGCUAAGGAAGCUAAAAACAUUCUAACGACUGUUUGUGAUGAACAAUGCACAAUGAGUGACCGGCUUCUGCCCAAACAUUGUGCACUGUUAAUUGCACAAGCAUUAAAUAGAAAAAAGAAAGAUAAAUCCUCUUCUGGCGGAAAAGGGAAAAAUGCAGGAGCUACAAUGUUACUUGGAGGAAUGGGUGAUGAUCAUGACAAACCAGGAGUGGAAAGUUACCGAAAGACACGUGAAGAACUAACAACGUGAGUUAAAUAAUUAUAUUUUUAUUUACUUGUACUAACUAUAACCAAAUGAUCCAUUGGUUAGAAUAGUAUCUAUAUUUUAACUUAGUUGUUAAUUUGGUAUGGUCCUUUUCGUGUCGCGCUAUUAGUAAUGUGCUCCAUAAAUAUUAUAUUUAAUAAAAAUUAGUUAACUAAACAUUAAAUUUUGUGAAAAAUAGAUAUUAAUACAUUUGCUAAUUUUCUAUUUUACAACAAAAAGAGGCUAUGAAAACUUUUAUGUGGAGUAUUUUUUGUUUUCUCAUGAUUCAUUAGAAUGUAGAUAAUACUAUAUAAUUUUAGAUUCGAAGUUAACGAAGAAUGUAUUGGUUUUACUAAGAUGUUUAUAUUUUUUUAUACUGUGUAAAAAAAUUCUAUCAGAAAUCUUGCUUCUAUAUAUAUGUGCGGCACCAUUUCUAAAAGAGAAUGUUGUCGAGAUGGUACUUUUAGGAGGUUAUCCUUUGAUUUUCUAGACAGUUUUCAUGUCUGGGAAAAACCAAGAUAAAACGUAAAAAAAACGGAAAAUUUUCAAACAUAAUGCUUUUAUUAUAGCGAUUUUUGUAAAAGGAAAUUUCUGUAUGGAAAGGUCAUUUUUUCUCAUGAGUUUUCUCUUCAAAUUUGAGGAACCGAAAAAAAAAACAAGAAAAAUUGGAAAAUAUAAAAAAUAUAUGUAGUUGUUAAAAUAUAUUACAGCCUUUUUUUUCCUCUGUGAACAACUAUUCUAUAAGAUAUUUGGCUCUGAUUUAUAAUGAUAGCAAUUUUUCUGAAAAAAAACUCGACUGAAAAGGAACUUUAAGGAGGUCAUUUUUCGAUUUUCCGAAGAGUUUUCCCAAAAAAUGUGAAAACCCGGGAUAAAAAAUAUAGAAAAACUGAGAAAAUCAGUACACCAUUAAACAAAUAUUAUUAAAGUCAUUAUACAAAGCUUAUUUAAUUAUUUUGCUAUUAAAUGACUUAUAUAUUGAUGACAAAGCAUUACUAUUAACUUAACUGCGCUCAGAAUCGUUUUUUGUUAGCAAUAGGUUAUUGUUGCUUACAGAUAUACAUUAAAUUACAGUGGCUGUGCCAAUCUUCAUUAUCGUAGAAUAUAUAUUUUUUUUAAAUUUAUAUGCAUUUUUAAAACUAGUUUUGACUAGCUAGAUAUCAUUCUAUCCUACUGUGUGCAAUGCUUGGCAGUGCAUCAUUUCCCCCUUUCCAUUGGUAGUGAUAAUAUAAUGUACAAUAUUGUGAUGAUCUGUAAUAAACCUUCCAUUUGUGUUCUUCAAACAGUCCUUUUAUUUGUAUGUUUCUAAUCUGUAUCCCAUUUUACUCCAACAGGAUGGACAAGCUGCACAUGGCUCUCACUGAACUAUGUUAUGCACUAAAUUAUUGUGCUACAAUAAAUGUAUGGGAAUAUACGUUUGCACCACGAGAAUACUUGCAUCAACACUUGGAAACAAGAUUCGGAAGAGCUUUGGUUGGUAUGGCCAUGUUUAAUGCUGACACCGGUGAUAUUGCCAAACCGUCAGAGCUAUUGGCCAGUGUAAGGGCUUAUAUGAGUGUUCUACAAACUGUUGAAAACUAUGGUAAUAAUUUGUUAGUAAUAUAUCAUAUAAUUGGCUAUUAAAUUUAAAUAUUUUUUUACCCAUGUAAAGUACACAUUGAUGUGACAAGGGUGUUCAAUAAUGCAUUAUUGCAGCAAACGCAACAUGCUGAUAGCCAUGGUGACAAAACGAUUGCCUCUUCAUAUACACAAUGGUAAUAUUAUUUGUAGUAAAUAAUUGAGGAUUACUAUAAGAAUAAUAUGAUAGCACUUUUUCUGAAAGUAAAUCAGACUACACUAUUAUUAUACAGGUACUUUAAGGAGAUUAUUUUUGGAUUUUCUGAAGUUCCUCAAAAAUGGUAAAAUAGGUAAACUGGUAAAUGUGUAGGAAACUCAGGAAAUCAGUACACCAUUAAACAAAUAUUAUUAAAAAAAAUAUAUUGAGCUCAUUUAAUUAUUUUACUAUAUUCUUACAUUUAUAUUGUUGAAAAAGUAUCACUAUCAACUGAACUCUGCUCAGAAUCAGUUUUUGUAAGCAAUAGUUUAUUGGUGCUUACAGGUAUUUAUUAAAUUACCUAUAACAGUAGCUGCACCUGUCUUAUUAUCCUAGGACGUCUUUUUCAUUUUUAAUGUAGAUUAUUUACUAAAGCAUCUUCAAAUUAUUUAUAAUUGAGAUAUGAAUGUUUUUAUUCUAUGUAAUUUUAACCAUUAAUCAUUCAUUAAGGAAUUAAAUUGUUUAAGAAAAAAAAAUCAUUCAAAAAAGAACUUAUUACUCUUCUUUGUUAAAUUUUGUGAUAGGUCACAAUUUUUUUGCAACCAAUAAAAGUAGCGCAUUUCUCUGGGAUUUGGUAAUGAUUUAAUGAGAUAUUCCCUUUUCUUUGUUUGUAUUACAGGUAUUCAGAAGUCCUGUUGCGCCGGGUGAGUGCAGGUAACAUUUGCUAUUCACCGAAUCAACGGGCAUUUGUUAGUCUCACAGCUGAUGGUGCAGUACCAUUCAAUGCAGAAGAGUUCAGUGAUAUUGGCGAAUUGCGGGCCCUUGCUGAACUUGUGGGCCCUUACGGAAUGAAGUUGCUUAAUGAAACACUGACAUGGCAUGUGGCUAGCCAGGUACAAGAGUUAAAAGUGAGUGACUCAAGGGUAUUUGAACACCAUGUGGUUAAUAAAUAAAUUAUUCUCAUACAUCCAAAAUCAUUUAAAUAUAUUAACUAAUCAAUAAUUUUGUUUUUUUCUUAAACGUUUCGAAGAAAUUGGUAGCAGCUAAUCGGGAAGUUUUGUUGGCUCUACGUACAAAUUUUGAUAAGCCUGAUGUAAUGAAAACUGAAUUUAAAAAACUACAGCGUGAGUUGCUCAUUGGUUAUUAUUGUAUAUUAUUAUCAUUAUUGAGAUUUUUAUUCUUAAAAAUAAAAAUGGGUAGCAUGAUAUAUGGUUUAGUGAGCAUUUUAUAGCUAUUUUUAAUUGUGGUCCAGGAAUUGGCAUUUUAUUUUACAUAAUUUAAUUAUAUUAUGUUUUGUUUUGCUUAUUUUAGAAUUUUAUAUAUUUUUGUGUUAAAUUGCUAUUCAAUUUUGGUAAUAUAAGGUGAUAUCUGCUAAUUGUAUGAGGUACUUGAAAGUAAGUUAGAAUAUACCUCAGAGAAAUUGAAAACUCAGUUAUAAAUUAAUAUAACACAAAAAAUUAUAAUUUAUUCUUCAUCUCUGUAGUUUAUUUAAAUAAAACCCUCAACAACUUUUCUAUAGAUGUUGACAAUGUACUACAGCGUAUGACCAUUGUCGGAGUAAUAUUAAGUUUCCGGCAAUUAGCUCAGUCAGCACUUCAUGAUGUUCUUGAAGACCGUGUGCCAUUUCUUUUAGCCAGUGUACAAGAUUAUCACCAACAACAUCAACUUCGAGUUGGAUGCAUUAUAAAUGGUGUUGGAGGACCAGGAGCUCCUGGUGUCAAUGGAGUUGGUGCAACUGCAGAUACUAUGGUAAGUUAUAAAUACCCGUAUAAAUUGACUAAUAUAAUGUAUUUUAUGUUUAUUUGAAUUAAUAUGUAUACUGGCUUUUUGUAGCUUGUCAGUGAAAUGGCCUCUGCUGCAGGUUUGGAAUGUGCAGUGGAUCCAGUUUUAGCAGCUGCACUCAGAAAUCAAAAGACAGGUAAUGUGUAAACUUCUAAAGAAAAUUAUACUUAAUAUGUAAUUUAUUUUAAUUUUAUCAGCUGAUGAGCACGAUGAACAUUUGACUGCAUGCUUGCUUAUGGUUUUCGUGGCUGUUUCGGUUCCUAAAUUGGCCAGAUCUGAGCAUUCAUUUUACCGAGCCUCAUUGGAAGGACAUGCUAAUAAUGUACAUUGCGUUGCAGCUGCAGUUAAUGCAGUAUUCGGCGCCCUCUUUACUGUUUGUUCUGCUGGAGCUGGACCAGGUACUGAUCCCUCAUCAGUAGCUGGCACAGGAAGUGAUAUUGAAGACCGCAUGAAAGAGUUCCUAGCUGUAAGUAUUAAAGAAAUUAAAAAUCAAAUAUAUUGCAUUACCAAAAUAACCUAUGUUUAUGUCUGUGAUAGUAUUAUUAUUUACUUUUUUUUUUACUGAUUAUAGCUUGCUUCAUCCAGUCUCCUACGUUUAGGCCAGGAAGCUGACCGAGACACUGUGCGCAACCGGGAGUCUGUGUAUCUUUUAUUAGAUCAAGUAUGUUUUAUUAAGUCAUUUUUAAUUUUUAAUUUUGUUACUACCAUAUUCAAUUUAUUGACAGAUUGUUCAAGAAUCACCAUUUCUCACAAUGGAUCUACUUGAAUCAUGUUUCCCAUACGCUCUGAUACGAAAUGCAUACCAUGCUGUUUAUAAAAUUGAGCAUGGUGGACAUUCAUUAACCUCUACACAUCAGAUCUAAUAUUUUAAGUGGUUUUUACUGCUCUACUGUAUCAUUUUUCUAUCAUUUAGUUACAUUUAUUUCAUUGAUUUUGUAAUCAAUUAUUUAUUCUACAUUAAAAAUAUAUAAUCUUAAUUACAACAGAAAACUCAAUGACAAUAACGUACUAUUCAUCAUUUAACAUUAUGUUUAUUAUUAAUAAACUACAAUUUAUUUUUAUCUAUACUUUAUAAUUUAAUUAUUUAAUAUUUAUUUUCUUAUAUUGUAAUUAUUAGAGAUUAGAUUUAUAUGCACUUAAAAUUAUCAAAUAAAAAGCCCCUAAAAUGUCAAAAAAAUAAUUAAAAACCAAAGAUGGUAAAGGGAUUUUAAAAGUCUCCUGUAAGGACUCAUUAACUUAUUAAAAACAAAUUUUUUAACACUACAUAAAAAUUUAAAUCAAACUGAUUUUUGUUUAAAUAAAAUAUUUUGUAUUAUAAACAAAUUACAUUUAGUUUUAUGUUUGUAAAAAAAAAUGCAUUUUAAAGGUUAAAACUCUUGGAGGAAGGGACUUUAAAACUUCUGUACUAUUUUUACUUUUUUUAAAAAUAUUUUUAAAGUACUUCUUCGUACCUUUUUUUUUUUACUGUUUUGUAGAUUUAAUGUGCAUAUAAAUUUGGUCCUUAGUAAUAAUUAUUGCUAAUUUUUAGUUUUAUAAAAUAUCUUGUACUUUUACAGCCAAAUAAUGUUAUGCAACUUGCACUGUGAAAAAAAAAAAUUGUAGUUGACUUCAGUCAGGUUAUUAGAAAAUCAUAUAUAAUUUAUGCUAGUUUCAAUAAAUAUGUCAUAAUUAUAAUGUAAUUCUAUUUUAUUAUGUAUUAAAACAAGAUAGAUUGUAUGUAAUAUAAUCAUUGUCCAUACAAAUAGUGAAUAGUUUAUAGUUUAUGCAUCAAUAAUAUUUUGUAGUUCAUUAGAAAUGAUUCAAAUACUGGUAACUAAGAUAUUGAAGCAUAAGAAUUAAAUUCUCAAUGUAAAUAAUACUUUAUUUUUAUUUAUGUACAACUGUUUGUAGGAAAUAUAUAUAUAUAUAUAUAUAUAUUUAUAUAUUAUAUAUAUUAUAUACAAGUGCAUUUUUUGCAUAUCUGUUGACAUUACUUGUAUGAAAUGCUGAUACAUUCCCAGAAACCAUUAAAUAGUACUAAAAUUAAAUAAUAUAAUAAUGAUAUAUUCUAAGAGUUUAUAAUGUAUUUAUAAAUUGUUUUUACACCUAUUAUAUGGGCAUAAUACAUAGAAAGGGCACAUAAAAAUAUCUUCAUUAAUGUUAACUUUCACUUUAAGAAAUUACUGUAAAAAAAAUUAUAAUAUUAUAUAUUACUGUAUUGGGUACUUAGUAAAAAUAUUUUUGAAUUAAAUAAUACUUUUUGAUUGGUUUUUAUCUGAUGAUACUAAUAGUUAUUAUUAAGAAAAGUAUUCAAUUAUUUCCAAAAAAACCAAAAUGUAACAUAUGUUUUGAAUUUAUUUUUAUUUAAAACAAUUUUUUAUAAAUUUAUAUUUUUAAUUUAUUAUUUCAUAUUUACUUGUAACUAUGGUAUUUUAUUCCAGUGAUUAAUUCUUUUAAAUAAAUACAUAUGAUUAGAUGAACUGUU